AUGACGAGUUCCGCCGCCGUGCUUUUAGCUCUAGCAUUAAUAAUACACGAGUUAUCACUGCUUUAUAAUACAAACUUGCUAGCUGGAGAACACUCCACGUCGAAGCUGGUCUUCUUGUUGAGCGUGUGCCUUGUCCUGGAGAAGAUCCGCGUGUUUCCAAUUUAUAAAAUCACGUUCAACCCAAUUAGAUACAUACUUGAGAUUGUCAUCUCACUAAUCGUUCUGGAAUCUUCCAUUUUAUACAUAUGGCAGCCGUUGGAAAAUUACGUAUUCCUGAACGCGGAUGAUAUCCUGGUACAUUUGUAUGAAGACGAUACGUUCGCUUGGAUUGUGUGUCCCUUGUGCUGCGGAAAUAAGGACGUUGCAGUUUUUGCUCGCCUGGUACUCAAGGGUUUCAGUUUUAGUGUAUUGCUGGCGGUUGGUUUUGUAACUAAACUAAAUAUAUGA